AUACCGGGUCAUCCCAUGUGCGGACCAGAUUUUCGGUAUCUUCAUUCCGAGGUCUACCACAAGGCCCGUGUAUGUAUCCCACGAUGUACCGUUGAUUCUUAUCCCCGUUAGCAGGAAUGGGAUCUGAUACCGUCAGUUCUUGAUGAAUGGCACAUUCAACUACAUAGAAUUAAAAUCGAUAUUUCUUCUUGUUGCCUUGGCAGUUUUUUUCUCAUUCAGUUUGGUUUGUUUUGAUGCAAUACAUGGAGAGACAUUUCCAUUGUGCUGUUUUGAAUAUUCACUGUGUUAUUUUGGUUUGUUGAUUCCAAGUACAGCCGUUGUGGCAUUCGUAUGUGCGUUUCUCAACUGGAUAGGACUGACGUUGUUUAUUCAUAAUUAAUGAUAUGAAUGAAUUAAUUCCCAACAAAUCAAUUCAUCGUAUUGAGGUUGUCGCCUCAAAUCACGAGGAAGACCGUACUUGUCUAACGUACGUUUUGCACCACGAAGAUCAUACAUUGGGAAAUUCCCUACGUUAUGUUCUAAUGAAAAAUGCUGCAGUUGAGUACUGCGGUUAUAGCGUACCACAUCCUUCUGAAGAGAAGAUUAACCUUCGCAUCCAAACUCGAGAAAAACCGUGCAAGGAAGUGUUGAAAGCCUCGUUUGUUGAACUGCAAAAGGUUUGCAAUUAUGUGUUAAACACGUUCAAAAAUUCGGUAAUGGAAUUCAAGGAAGGAAAAGUGGACGAAGAUGUAACAAAGGAAAAUGAAGAAGAUGAAGAAGAUGAUGAGGAUGAAGAAGAAGAGGAGGAUGGCCAAGAAAAUUAAAGACCCGUAACUCCACUAAAGAUUUAUCUUGAUAACAGAGAAUUAUAUACUUCGUUUACAUCCAAAUAUACAUCUAAAGCAGGCUGUUAUAAUCUGAAGAUGUCUACAUUGUUUUUUAUCCAUUGGAUUCAGAACGCCACAAAAUAAAAACUUCCAUAAACUGGAUUUGAAAUCUAGACUUAAGAAAACCGUCCGGUUUGAUCACACAUUCGUAUUGUAUACAUACUUUAUACUUAAAUAUUGUAUUGAUUAUGUUUAUAUAUCUUGUAUCUAUGGCAAUGUUCUUGUUUAUAUAGACCUGUUGUAUAAUUUUUUUUUUUACUUGAAAAUGGGUGUAUGACACUCGAAACGUCGUAAAAUGUUGUUUUAAUUUGUACACAUACACAUGAUGUCCAAGUUUUAACAUAUAAUAUUGUCAAUCGAAUUUUAAGUCUCAUGUAAAAACAACAAGAACUGAAGCGGUUUGAACACUCACACAACACUAUGAUGAUAAAUAAUUAAAAUGUAUUUAUUAAAAUAUAAAAUAUGCAAUGAUAAAAUUUGGUAUAAAAUAUUAAGGCACAAACUUAGAGAAGGAGAUGAUAAUAAAUUGAAUCAUUUUAAAAGUUGUGACUAUUUUUCGAUAACUGAGAUAUGCCUGAAGAGCACACAACUCGAGUCAAUUUCGAACAUGAUAACGUUGUCAACAUAUAGUUAAUCAAAACAAUUAUUUCAAGACAAUGAACACCCUCAUUUGAUGCGAGAUUUCUCAAAAUUCGAAUAGAUAUCUACUGAUUUCGUUAUUGUGGGUAUACUAUAUAAAGCUAGACGAUAAUAAGAAAACAACAAAAAACGCUGCUACGCAAAAAAAACAACACAUAAACAAAAACUUUUGGUCAAUAUAGCGCGCUAUUUGUGGUGGCUUUGAUUUUGAUACUAUUCGCGCCCCUUUCAACUUUUCGUUACCACCAUGACAGACCGCAGCCCAUACCAAAUCACACAUUUCUACGAAUGUGUGAAACUACUAACUAUCUA